GGCGUGUCAUGCCUCUGCAAACACUGUCCGAGUGCCUCUGCUGCUUCUUUGACAAGACCAAAGCCCCUUCCUUUCAGCAUGGAGACCUCGGGGUCUACGCCCGCCUUCGGAGCGCGGAAAGAGGGGCGCUGGAGGGGCAUUUGCCCGCCCUUUCCAAGACUCUUUACAGUAACUUACCUGGCCUUAUUUGGAUUGCCAAAUGCUUGUGGAAUGUUUGCCAUUCCAGACAUUAAACCGAACAUUGUUCUCAUGUUAGCUGAUGAUCUUGGGAUUGGAGAUAUAGGCUGCUAUGGUAACAGCACUAUCAGGACACCUAACAUCGACCAGCUAGCAAAGGAAGGAGUGAAACUUACUCAGCACAUUGCAACAGCUUCACUUUGUACCCCAAGCAGAGCAGCUUUCUUAACUGGCAGAUAUCCCAUCAGAUCAGGUAUGGCAUCAAGCAAUGCGCAUCGGGCAUUGAACUGGAAUGCUGGCUCAGGAGGACUCCCUGUCAACGAAACCACUUUUGCAAAAGUAUUACAUCAGCAAGGUUAUGCCACAGGACUUGUAGGGAAGUGGCAUCAAGGUGUAAACUGUGACUCUGCCAAGGAUCAUUGUCAUCACCCUCUAAAUCAUGGCUUUGAUUAUUUUUAUGGCAUGCCUCUCACACUUCUAAAUAACUGCCAGGACAACAAAGAUUCAGAGCCAUAUGCAGCCUUACAAACUAAACUGUGGUUUUACACUCAACUCAUUGCCUUAGCCAUCCUCACAGUUACCACAGGGAAACUUAUAGGGCUGUUCUCUAUAACUUGGAAGACACCCCUCUUUUUGGCAUUGCUUGGAUUUCUGUUUUUUCUUUCCUGGUAUUCCAGCUAUGGUUUUGUGAGAUACUGGAAUUGUAUCUUGAUGCGCAACCAUGACAUAACGGAGCAACCAAUGAAACUGGAAAGAACAACAUCUCUAAUCUUAAGGGAAGCCGUUUCAUUUAUUCGGAGCAACAAACACAGGCCAUUCCUCCUCUUUGUUUCUUUUCUUCAUGUCCAUACACCUUUGUUUACCACCAAAAGAUUUAUUGGGAAAAGCCAGCAUGGUAUAUAUGGAGACAAUGUAGAAGAAAUGGACUGGGUGGUAGGCCAGAUUCUAGAUGCGAUUGACAAGGAAGGAUUGAGAAACAACACCCUUGCAUACUUUGCUUCAGACCACGGAGGACAGCUAGAAGCUCAAGAAGGUUCAAUCCAGCUAGGUGGCUGGAAUGGCAUAUAUAAAGGUGGCAAAGGCAUGGGAGGCUGGGAAGGAGGAAUCCGUGUGCCAGGCAUAUUUAGAUGGCCUGGAAUGCUCCCUGCUAACACUGUGGUGGAUGAGCCAACAAGCCUUAUGGAUGUUUAUCCAACAAUCACUCAUUUAGCUGGAGGAAUUUUGCCUCAGGACAGAAUAAUUGAUGGAAAGAAUCUCUUCCCUUUGCUACAACAAAAGGUCAAGCAUUCAGAACACGAUUUCAUGUUUCAUUACUGUGGAUCAUACUUGCAUGCAGUUCGCUGGCAUCAGAAAGACACUGGUGCUUUAUGGAAAGCUCAUUAUGUGACACCCAUAUUCCAUCCAAAAGAUGCAGGAGCCUGUUAUGGGAAAGGACUUUGUCCAUGUUAUGGAGAAGGAGUAACUCAUCACGACCCUCCCUUGCUCUUUGAUUUGUCAAGAGACCCUUCAGAGGCAGUGUCUCUGUCAGCACAAACUGAGCCAAUGUUUCACGCUGUCAUCAAACAAAUAGAGAAAGCUGUGGAGGAGCACCGGAGGACCCUCACUCCUGUCCCACAGCAGAUGUCUUUCUUCAACAUUAUAUGGAAACCAUGGCUACAACCUUGUUGUGGGACAUUCCCAUUGUGCUGGUGUGACAAGGAAAGCACAUCUUCAGUUCCUAUGGGCUAGUCACGCCAUCCUGCUGCAAUAAAAAUGAUUUAGAACAGGGAAUGCCAACCAGUAUAGUGAAAACACUCACUGAAGAUUCUCAAAUGGGAGGAAAUAAGAUAAAAGAUGUAUCUAUGAGAUCAAAAUGGAUGUUCUGUUCUUGCAUUGCUCUGUUCUUCAACCAAACUGAGCUACCCUGUUUCCCCCAAAAUAAGACAUCCCCAGAAAAUAAGACCUAGUAGAGGUUUUGCUGAAUUGCUAAAUAUAAGGCCUCCCCUGAAAGUAAGACCUUGCAGAGUUUUUGUUUGGAAGCAUGCCUGCGAAACAGAACACCAGAGCAUGCAGGAUCAGUAAAUGUACCUACCCAUAGAGUGUUGUACAUGGAAAUAAUGGUAGUAACAAGGAAUUUUUGAUAGUAUUCACAGUUUGGUUAUGCUGGUUUGUGAUGACAACUACUGUACAAUAUAUAAUAAAUGUUCAUUUUUUUGUUCAACAAUAAA